AUGAUAACAGAGGAGCUCUUUGGCGCGUUUGUGCAGCAGUCAUGGAGUGGGGCCGGCGCGUCCCGCGCGGACGGCGGCGUGUUUGAGGCCAUACCGCCACUCUCGCAGCAGCAGCAGCAGCAGCGCGGCAACAGUCCGACCGCUGCCAGUCGUGUUGCUGGCGGCGCGCCUCUCAUGGCGUCCACGUGCUCGCCGCUUGACUCCCCGCAGCUGCUGGUCGCGUACCACAACGCCAGCUGCAACGCGUUGCUGCGUUACCACAGCAACACUCCAAUCCUGAGGCCGCGCACGACGUACUCGCUGCCGCGACGCGUCUCCUCCGCGUCGGUGGGCCAUUCGCGGCCGCAGCCGGCACACCGCUCGAUGGGGAGCCAUACGCGUACGAUAAGCCGUCGCGCCUCAUCAUCGUACACGCGUACACGCCACGAUGAGGCGUCCUCCUCGCCGCAAGCCGACGCGGUGUACCGUACCGGGCGCUACACGGACCCGCAUGCCCCACCACCAACAGCGGUGAUGGCGGCAACAGCAGUAUUUCCAGAGCACGCGCGCAGCAGCUGGGGCUACGCAGAGGAUGACGGCAGCGCUACGUUUCCUGUGGAGGGGCGCCCGUCAUGGUCGCCGCGGCAGCGGCGCUACCGGCGGGCCUCCAGCAGCAGCACCGGCGGCCCGCGUGUGAGCUCUGGGGUUCUGGUGGCUGCGCUCAACUACGGUGGAUUUGGUGAGGAGGACGACGAGGAGGAGUAUGACUUUGCAGCCCCGCAGGCGGAGGGCCGGACGACAACGCGGUUGGAUCCCCAGACCCUGCACGUGCAGGAGGAGACAGCCUUGCGGCGUGGCUCCCACACAGCGCCGCCGCGCCACACGCACCACUUCCAUCAUCACCACCACCACUACGGUCAUCAUCAUCAACACCAUCACCAUCACCACCACCUCCACCAUCACCAACAACAACAACAACAACAGCAGCAGCAACAGCAACAGCAACACCGUGGCAGCGGCGGUCAGUCAGACGCAACGUCGACGUGGGCAACAGAGCAGCGCGAGCGGAUGGUGGAGGUUAGGGGGGGUGAGGGGGAGGACGAGUAUCCCUCGUAUCUGUGGGAAGGAGCAGAUCCCAGCAUGGCGCUCGUAACCCCGGAGCUAGGGGUGUACUGGUCAGGGCAUGAAGAGACAUGGUCUGAAUGA